UUCAGAGGAAGUUUGUUAGGACUGUGAGGCUAAACCACAAAACCUUCAUACUUUUCAACUUUACUGAGCUAAUUUAUUUGUGAGAACACACCAGCUAUGGAGGGCAAAAUCAUUGAAAUAGCAGCCGUAGGAAGGGCUUUGCAUCCUGGCAUGUUGUAUGACUGCCGCAGUGAUUCUGUCAUUCCAGGUAUUUCUCUAUGGGAUAAUGAAACAAUAAAGAAGGGUGUGGUUUCUCAUCGACAACCCAAGACAGAUCUGAAGUUCACUGCUUCUGAUUCUCUCAGUGAGAAAGCCAAACUCCUAGAUGUGAGCGCCUCCCUUACAGCUAGCAUCCUGGGUGGUUUAGUGGAUGUUGGCGGCUCAGCCCGGUUCUUAAGUGAUAACAAAUCUUCAACACGUCAGAGCCGGGUUUCUCUGCAGUACAACCAGACAACAAGACAUGACCAAUUUAUUAUGGACCGCAAUAUCACCUAUCCAAAGGUGUUUGAAGAUAGAACUGCCACUCAUGUUGUUACUGCUGUACUGUAUGGAGCUCAGGCUUUCAUGGUGUUCGAUCUAACAGCCAAUGAGAAUGAAGACAAAGAGGAAAUUGAGGGAACCUUAAAUUUAAUGGUCAAAAAUAUUCCUUUUAUUGAUAUCGAGGGAGCUGGAGGUCUAAAAAUGAGUGACAGUGAAAAAAAAUUGGCUGAUAAUAUUAGUUGUACAUUUUAUGGUGACUAUGAACUUGAGCAGAACCCCACCACAUACAUAGAGGCCCUCCAGCUGUACAAGGAGCUUCCAUCUCUGCUGAGGAAGCGGGAGAAUGAUGCAGUACCAAUGAAGGCUUGGCUUUAUCCCCUUGCACGUUUGAGUAAAAAAGCAGCUACACUGGAGAGGGAAAUUCAGAAGACACUGAUCACUAAAACAGAAAUCUUAUUGGAGGAACUGCGAAAUGCAGAGACUCAAUGCAAUGACCUGAUUACAAACACAACAAUAAAUGAUUUCCAGGAUGUGAGACGAAGGGUCAAGACAUUGCAGGCAUUGCUAGAAGUCUACAAGGUGAUUUUUCUAAAAGCGCUGCAUAGGCUCAUUCCUGCUAUUCGGGGUGGAACAGAGCAGGAUCAGGCACUAUCAGACAUCAUAGCCAUCCAUCAGAAGUCUCCCUUUAGAGCAGAGAAGCUGAAUCAGUGGUUUGAGAACAAUCAGAGUGAAUUACAUCUGCUGAAUCUCUAUACUCAGCAACUGAGUGGUGUCCCCAUUGUAAAAUACUCAGCUCUGUUGAACAACAUUCUCAUAGACCCCAAUGUUGACACUGUAGUGUGCUUCUGCUUCACCUCUCUGAAAUAUGAAGACCCAUAUUUGUCAAUUCUAACAAAACUUUUGAAAGUGGAUAAAUUUGAAAACCUGGAAACAGUUCCAGAGUCAGCUGAACAAUUGUGGUUCCAUAAUCCUGAAUUAAGUGAGAAGAUGAAAGACAGCAUUUUUCUCUUCAGAAGUUUUUUCCAAGCUAAUAAAGAUGACACACAAAUAAGGUUUGUCAUUGUGUCAGUCUCAGACCACUCCAAUCCUGGAAUCUCCACCCGUCUUUAUAGAAAAGGGAAAAUGGUGAACAACGCGUUUCAACCUGUGUCCAAACCACCUGCACCCACAGUGAACAUUCAGGACCGAAAUAUGAUCCUCAAGCUGCAGAAGUCCCCAACUGGAUCGACAUUGCGGUUCAGAGUGGAAUACAGGAUAACAGAGGUCACUGAUUCAGAAGCCGAUGUGGAAAAAUGGGAAGUCACAGAGACUCCAGAUGCUCUGGGGAACUUCACACUGACUGGAGUUAAGCCUGCAAACCAAUAUUGGGUUCGGUACAGAGCUAUUAGUGAAGUUGGAGUGAGUGAAGCCAGCGACUCUGUCCUCUUCUUUCGCCAGGGAAAAUUAAAAUUUUCUUUGGGCCAGAAUUGGAACUGGAGCUUUUGGUCAAUUAUUAAUGAAAUGAGGACUCAAAUGUUGCGUGACUUGUGCACUUCACAGUGGAGUCCCUCAACCAUCCAGUCAGAGGUUAAAAAAUUAUUGAACAACCCUAAACUUCCCUGUGUGGUUACAGUCCCUGGUGGGAUAAAACCAGGAAUAGCUUUGUGCAUCCAAGGGGUUGUUAGUGAAAGGGAUGGAAGCUUUUCCUUUGAUCAUAGAACUGGGACCAGUAGUCGUGAUGACAUUGCUUUUCAAUUAAUGCUUAAGCCCAGUUUUUAUGUAAAAUGUAACUACAGACAGAGAGGAUAUUGGGGUACAAGCGAUGAUUAUAAUGAGUGCUGUUUAUCCAAGGGUUCACACUUUGUUUUCUUCAUUGUCAUCACUAAAGCGGGCUAUGAGGUGUAUUUGAAUGGCCGGAGGUACUGCUUAUACAAGCACUAUAUACCAAUGAAUAAUGUGAAGGUACUUCACAUUGAAGGACAUGUCAUUAUAAACAGCGUUGGUUUUGUUUCAAACUGGAGUGAAUCUACCUUUGGUAAAGAACAAUGUUCGGGCAUCUCACACUGGGAGCUUUCUAACAUCCAAUCACAUGUGAAAUAUCCACUCUGUAAACCUAACCAGCCCUAUUUGUACCCAAUCCAUGGAGGAUUGAAACCUGGAUUGGCUCUAUUCUUCCAAGGGGUAGUUCCUUUAGGCUCCAAAGGCUUUGAAAUAAAUCAAAAGGCUGGGCCACGUGAACAUGAUGAAAACAUCUUCCACUUCAAGACUUACCUAUCACUUGUGGUCUGUAAUACCUUUGGUAGUACUGGAUGGGAGAAAGAACAAAUUGAAAAUAAUGCCAUAUUUGCUGAAGGGGAAGCCUUUGAUAUUUUCAUGCUAACUAGUCCAGGACACUAUGAUGUAAUUGUAAAUGGACGCCAAUUUUGUACGUUCAAAGAACGUAUACCAAUGAGGAAAGUGUCCAUAAUUGAAAUUUCGGGAAAUGUCUUCAUGAACACAUUUGCCAUUAUUCAAAUGGAUAAUGUUAAUCUGAGCCUUGACAUUUCAGCCCUUAUGUGAGGCCACUGUUAUCACCAGGAGCCUUGAGGUUGACCUUGGUUCGUGUAUUGGUUUGUGCAAAUGAUCUAAUGGUGGUGACAUUUAGUGGUCACAUAAGCAUUCAUAAAAUUCUGGGCUUACGGCUUUUAAAAUAUUAUAUGAUAUGAUUUUAUUGAAAACAAUAUGCUGAUGAUAAAUGAUUGAUUUGAUUUGUGUUAACCUUUAUUAAUGUGUCUAGGAUGGUGGAAGGACAGAUGUCUGUGGGUCAUUUUGUUAGAUAAUAAAUGGUAAAUGGUCUGCAUUUAUAUAGCGCUUUUUAACCUUAGUGUCUCUCUACAAAGAGAAUAUUGAGUAUUCUUGGUAAAUUUGCAGGACCUAAAAUCCCAUAUUCCAGUAUAAUAAUUUGAAGAAUUAUUUAAAGAAAUGUGUAUGAGUUUAAAACUUCCUUUUAGGUUGUGUUUGUGUGUGUUUGCAUUUAAUUAAAAUUCAUUUAAUUUCAGAUUGAAAAUGUUUGUAUUUAUUUUUGUCUUUAAAUUAAUUUGCUUUAAUUUUUCUUUACUGAUAUAUACUUUAUUUCUUUAGCAUUAUAUAAGAUUUGUUGCAUGCUUAUACAUUAUGCUUUCAUUUUCAGCCCUGCUUUAUGGGGGUAAAAAGAUUGUAAGAUCGAAUUAUCUGAAUAAAGUUGGACAAGAUAACA